AUGGCGACCAAAAUCGGCCUCGGCGUCCCCAUGCCGCUCCUCGCGCCCGCUACCGCAACCUGGGCCGCGCCCUUUGCUGCAUACUACAUCUUCCUGCAGAACCGCAUCGUGUACCACCGUCUGAGCUCCAAGACGUACAUGGGCGACUCUUCCGACAAGACGCAGGGAGUCAAAGACCCGCUGUACGUUGCGACGCGCGCGCAGCUGAACUUUGCGGAGAAUGUGCCGCUCGCGCUGGCGAUUGCGUUGCUGGCUGAGCUGAACGGGGCGAAUCGCACGUAUAUCAACUACGCACUUGGUGCUCUCUUUGCUUUCCGCAUCAGUCACGUCGAGGCCGGCCUUAUGAUCAAGGACUCGAUGGGCCCUGGAAGGAUUGUGGGUUACUACGGUACACAGACAGUUCUUGUCGCUCUGGCUGGAUACACGGCGUAUCUGGUCAAGGACUUUUUGCAGAUCGCUGCUUAA